AUGUAUAAUGAAAAUUUUCAUAAAUCAACACCACGCUCCACAAAAGAGGCUCAAGUCACUAAAAGCAUUGAAAUGAAACUAUUUAAGCUGUGGUAUUGGUUACCAUCACUUCAAGGAUACACAAUGAAAAGCAAUAGCAGACUUAAACUUGAAUUCCCGAGGACACGUACAUUAUUCCUCGUUAACAGACAAAUAGAAAAGUUUUCUAUUCUUCAAUGUUUAGUUAUGAAUCAUAUCUCACUUUUCAAUCAGAUGAAAUGUCUGUUAUUUAUGAUUGAGGCAACUGAAUUGAAAAAUCUUUGA